CUCGGGCUCCUAUUGGAAGGUAAAUAGCUCAUCUCAGCUAGCUUGUGUCCAUCCACCGCUGCUUAUCCACCGCUGUCAACCCACCCGUUCAUCAACGACCGUUUAAAGAUGUAGCUUGCGGUGAUAUAUUUGUCUUCAACCAUCACUGCGAACGAUAUCUGUGAGGUUUUAACAGAGCCAUAAGGUGGACCUAGUCCAUCUGAAGAAAAACAUGAUGCUGCCAAAAUAGUGAAACAUUCAUCAGUGGAGGAUUUUCAUAGACCUGAAUACCCAUUAAAUGCUUCUCUUCACUUCCAGUUUCUUAGGGUAGUGUUUUGACCUUAGUCUCCCAUUAAACAACACUCAGUGGUGUCCCAUUAAUAAUGCUGUUCUCUCUGCGAGAGCUGGUGCAAUGGCUGGGCUUUGCCACAUUCGAGCUGUUCCUCCACUUGGGCGCGCUGCUGGUCUUCAGCGUGCUGGUGGCCCUACACAUGGACGUGGACAAGCAGACUCUUGAGAUGAGCUGGUGGCUCGUCUUCUCACCUUUGUUUGCUGCUGAUGGCCUCAGCACUUACUUUACAGCCAUCGUAUCCAUCCGCCUCUAUCAAGAAGGAGAGAAGCGGCUGGCAGUGCUGCGCUUGCUGUGGGUGCUGACCGUGCUCAGCCUCAAGCUGGUGUGUGAGGUGCUGCUUUGCCAGAAAUUGGCCGAACAGAACAAGACACAGGAUUUGUGGUUUGGGCUUAUAAUUUCCCCACUUUUCAUCCUUCUGCAGCUGCUCAUGAUUCGUGCUUGUCGUGUCAAUUAAAGGACAAACCAUCUGCACACAUGCCAGUGGACUUGAAAUGGACUCCUGCAGGUGUCAUUCAAACAAAGAGAAGUGAAUCAUUGUGAACUGCAAAAUCAUUGUGAACUUUUUUGUAUUCAAGUGGUUCAAGCAUGUGAACAUGGCAUAAUGCAUCAUAAACAAUGCUUAAAGUAAUGUGCAAUUUUAAUUAUUAUUAUUGUCCUUAAGUGCUAUGAGAGAUUUGGUCUGGAUUUUUUCUGAAUACUGUCAAUGUUGCUUUAUGUGUUACUACAUUUUAUUGCUGUUUGUACAACUGUAAAUAAACCAUCAACAUUCAACACUC